GUCACAUGCGCCAUAUGAUUUUGUUUUGACUUAUUUUUGUUUCUUCCAAAAAAACUCGUGUAAAAUGUUUAAUUUAUUAAUUAGUUAAUAAGAACCCGUGCAAUAACUAGUUUUAGAAGAGCCACCCCCAUCGGUGACUGACCUGGCCAGCGAUUGACCACCCCAGCGGGAGCGUGAUUCGGCCUUUUUGGGGGCCAGAAUCAUGCCAGCGGCCGCAGCCGAGCAUUGUCUGUUGUUGUUGUUGUUGCUGUUGUUGUUCGUGUCGCCUGUUGCCAAGCAACGAAAAACGCAAACACAACAAGUUACGGUUACGUCGCUGCUCGGGCCACUUCCUUCCGGUCCCAUUUUUGCGCCGUAAUACAGUUUGCCACGUUCUCCAACUGCACGGAACCCCGAGUAACCAGUUUGCAAUCUAUUCCCCCAAACAAAAACCAAAGAAAUUUCUUUAAGGAAACCCAGGAGUCGUUAGAGGAGUAUUCCUGUUCGGAGGAACAUUGGAUGUACCUGGAAACUGGAGCACAGCUCCGGGAGGAUACUCUUUGGAUACUUACCACGACGCAAUGCAGCCACGAGAGGAGAGGAGUGGAGAGUAAAGGAAACCCAAAGAAUCAGGAAAAUAACUACACCUAAGCACCGCCAUUGCCUUACGUCCGGAAAGGGACAGCAAACAGAGGGAAGAACGAGAGAGAGAGAGAGGAAUUUCACACCGAAAGUGCAACGAGAGGAGAGUAGAGAAAGAAGAAGUCUUAGUGACAGCUAAACAAAGUAGAAUAUAUAGAACUGUAAGCAAAUGACCACGCGCCUGGCACCCCAGCGACAGUUCAUCAUCUCGACGCGCUCUGCCGUGGCCAGUGCCAGCGCCAGCGCCGUCGUUGUGGAUGCCAUCCAGGCGGAGCCAGCGGAGGAGCUGCAGCAGCUGCCGGAGGAUGUGCUGACCGUCGAGGUGGAGAACACCAACAGCAACAACAACCUCCCAACCGCUGCGACCUCCGUAACGACAUCGCCCACGCAUGCCGAACAGUUCGAGUUCUGCACGGAGGAUGGUGUUGUUGUCUCCGGCACCCUGGAGGAUGUUAUGACCCAGAACUGCCAGCUCCUGCAGAAGAAACUAAGCGAAGGCGACGACUCUGUGACGGGCACCGCAACCGGAGCCGAGCAGCUGGAGGUGAUACGCGUCGUACUGCCCAUGGAUGCCAGCGACUCGAGCAACGAGGCGCACAUGCCCAUCCACGGGCAUGUGGUCAACAGCAGCAGCGACAUCGGAGGCACCAUCACCACCACAGAGCCGAAUGGCAGCACCAUCACCCAUUCCAUACCCAUACACAGCAUGGCCGACCUGAGCGCCAUCAAGAACGGCGUCGAUCUGGCCCAGCAGGUGGCCAAUGGCCAGGUGACUGUGGUGCAGGCCACCGAGGAUGAUGACGGCACGCCAUUCAUCACCGUUACGGUUUCCGGCCAGGAGCAGAACUACCAAGUGCAGUAUGUGGACUCGGAGCUCUACCACAGCAACUCCAGCCAGACGCAAAUGACAUAUCCGUUCUGCCCGGUGGCCGACUACCAGGGCAAUGGUCAGACAUACUACUCGACCGCGUCGACGGGCCAGUAUGCGGCGACGACGCAGUCGGCUGGGGGCAAUACGGCGAGCAAUGCGGCCCACUCCACGACGCUGCCCUACCUGGUGCCCGUGGAGGAGGGCCUGCUGCUGAACGGCUCCUCGCAGUCGCACAGCCGCGACUCGCCGCACAGCCUGACGGUGAGUAGGGAGCGGGGACGGGAGUGGGAGCCACCUGAGCCAACUGUGACUACAUUGACUAACCCUUGGGCCACCCUUGGGCUGCAGCACGAGGUUGCCUACAUCCAGGAGGCGCAGAGCACGCCCCAGACGCCCACCUCGACGACGACCACCAACUCGGCCAGCGGCGGCAGCCUCGGAACGGGCGGCGGUGGCGCCUCCCCCGAUUCGGACCAGAGCGCGCUCGGCAACAGCAACAAGAUUGCCUCGGCAACGAUCAAAUGGUUGUCACGCAACUACGAGACGGCCGACGGUGUCAGCCUGCCCAGGUCCACCCUGUACAACCACUACAUGCAGCACUGCAACGAGCAGAAGCUGGAGCCGGUGAAUGCAGCCAGCUUCGGCAAGCUGAUACGCUCCGUGUUCUCCGGCCUGCGCACACGUCGCCUGGGCACGCGCGGCAACUCCAAGUACCACUACUAUGGCAUCCGCAUCAAGCCCGGCUCGCUGCUGAACCAUCACUCCAUGGAGGACUCCAAGUCGAUGCACGGCUACGGGCCAUCCUCCGGGGCCAACGGGGCCCUGGUAAGCGUCAGCAGCAGCACGUCCGGUCAGAUGGCCGGCUCCAACGGCAGCGUGGGCAUGGCCGGAUCCGCCAGCCAGCGGAAUGGCACGUCCAAGAAGCACAGCUUCAAGCCCGAGACCUACGAGGCGUGCAUCCAAUACAUUGGCGACGGUAGCAGCGCCCUGCCCUCGUUUCCACCCAUCGAGCUGAGCCACAGCUUCAGCAGCGAGCUCACGCUGGAGGAUGUGGACACGUUCCGGGCACUGUACCGCGAGCAUUGCGAGUCCUUUCUGGAUGCCGUGCUGAAUCUGGAAUUCGGCACCGUGGAGUUUCUGCUGCGUGACUUCUGGCGGUCCAGCGACAACAACAACCUGGACGAGUGCGAGGAGGAGAAGUACUUGAGCAAGACAAAGCUGUAUCUGUUGUGCCACUGCGCAGAAGUGCAAAAGUUCGUACGCGAGGUGGACUAUCAGUUCUACCAGAACACAGUGGAUGUCAUCAUUCCCGAUGUGUUGCGCUCCAUACCGAAUGCCCUGACCCAGGCCAUACGAAAUUUCGCCAAGAAUCUGGAGCUGUGGCUGUGCGAGAGCAUGAUGGGUGUGCCGGAGCAGUUGGCCCAGAUCAAGACCAGCGCCGUAUCCGCCUUUUGCCAGACGCUGCGUCGCUACACCUCGCUCAAUCAUCUGGCGCAGGCCGCACGAGCUGUGCUCCAGAACGGAGCCCAGAUCUCCCAAAUGUUGAGUGAUCUGAACCGCGUGGAUUUCCACAAUGUGCAGGAACAGGCCGCCUGGGUGAGUCAGUGUGCCCCGGCUGUGGUUCAGAGAUUGGAGAGCGACUUCAAGGCCGCCCUGCAGCAGCAGAGCUCGCUGGAGCAGUGGGCCAGCUGGCUGCAGCUCGUGGUCGAGUCGGCCAUGGAGGAGUACACGGGCAAGCCGACAUAUGCGCGGGCCGCCCGCCAGUUCCUGCUCAAGUGGAGCUUCUACAGCUCGAUGAUCAUCCGUGACUUGACGCUGCGCUCGGCCUCGAGCUUCGGCAGCUUCCACCUGAUACGACUUCUGUUCGACGAGUACAUGUUUUAUCUGGUGGAGCACAAGAUAGCCGAGGCGCAGCAGAAGACGGCCAUAGCGGUCAUAUGCGAACGCAUGAAGAAAGAGAUGGACUUUGAAUUUGAAUGCCAGUUCGCGUACAUCACCAGCGAAACGGAGCAGCAGAAUACCCCCAGCUCGGUCAGCGGCGGGGAUGUUGGCAACGAGGCGAAGCGACUGAAGCAGGAAUGAGUUGCUAUGGAAGCGGAAGCGGAAGCAGUGAAACUAGUAUUCAUAGUAACCGAGUUUAUGUAAUCCCUAAUUGUUAUCCCGAUCAGUGUGCACCUGUCCCCAUGUCCCCAUGUCACCCUGUCACCCAUAUUCAGCUCUGCAUUUAAUAGUCAAACCGUGUGUUGUACGUAUCCGUGUGUUAGUUUGUAGUCCUAAGUUCCCAGACCCUAAGCGUAGUCAGUCGAUCAUUUUUAGUAGUAACAUUUUAGGCAGACUCAAAGGACUCAUAGCUCAUGCAGAGGUAGCGCUAGUGCUGGCCGAUUAGUGUGAGUUUGUAUGAGUGAGCAUUGCCCCCACAUUGAAGUGAAGAGCCGUCCAGCAGGCAGGAGGCAACAGCAGGCGGCAGCAAGGCGCAAGCCGCAAGCAACGUCUGGCCUUGCCUGCCCGAUCAACUGAUCCGAUCUGAUCUCUGAUCGAUCCGUGUAUUCAUAAGAUACAUUUUAGUUUAAGUACAUGUGCAUUAAUAUCUGUAAUUUACGUCUAAUUGUCUACUGUCUACGUCUACGAUAAUGUUAGUUCCCCUUGUUUGUUUAAGAGAGAGCGGAGAAUGCAUCAGUUUUGUCUGGUUUCAACUAUCUUGUAUCUUGUAUGUCACAGCGCACAGCGCACGGCGCACACUCGCACACAUAGAUACACAGAUCACACACAACCACAUACACAUGGAGCACCCACGCACACUGAAAGCGAAAGCGACAGCGACAGCGAAAGCUACAGUUCGAUUUUAUAGAUUUUAGCGAAACUGCUUGCUCAACGAAUUAACAAAGUAUCGGUAUAUCCAGCUUAAACCUAAGCUAAGUGAACAACAGGCCUUAAAUGUGCAAAGAUCAACACUCAAUUUUGAAACAAUACAAUUUACCAUAUACCUUAUACCUUAUACUCUAUAUGUAUAUGUAUAUCUAUAUAGUAUACAAUGUGUAGACUAAGAAACAUGAAUGUAAUAUGUAUAUUUUAACUACAAGUGGAUGCUCUGGGGGAGCAGCAUACAAUAUAUUUUAACAGAGGCGCUUUUCAAAGUAUUUGAUGCCAUUUUAUGUGUACGAGUACAAGAUGCAAACGAACCAAAAUACGAUUUGCUUUGCACAUCGAGUAACUAAGCGGAUGCCUUCGUGCUCCAUCCAACUGUCUAGUCCUAAAGCACACAUCUGACAUUAUCUCUGCCUGGCACAAAAAAGAACGAACCAAAUACCAACCACAUAUGUACAUAUUCGGCUCUUGACGAAUCUGUCCGGUCUGGCAGGCGAAUGGACGGCGACGGGCACAGUACAUGUGCAAAAGCAUGUGAUAUGAACACAGAGUUCCUCUCGCACUAUUGUCCACUGUCCCGUCCACGCCUGCCACUCAGCCCAGGCAGCGAAGCUCAAUUACGAUCUGCUCAAAAUGCAAAUUGCUCAGCUAAUACCUAAGUUUUAUUGGUUGUUGAAGGAAAACAAAUAACAAACUUUUGAAAUGUCAAAACUAUUUAUAUAUGUGAAAUAAAAAUUGUCCCCAAAAAAUAA